UUUCAUCUGGUUUGGGGGCGUGUCUAUCUUCCCAAAUGAAGAGCACCCGUUGUUAGGAAACGUCAACAAACGUGUUUAUAGGUUGGGAGAUGCCGCCAAAAGCCAAGAAGAAAGGGAAGAAGAAGGGCAAGGGAAAAGCUAAGAAAGAUGAAGGUGGUGAGCUGUCAGUGGAAGAGAUGUACAAGAGGACACUGCAAGAGGUCGGAAGUCUCAGGGAACAACUUGCUGAAAGGAAGGAGUAUGCUCGCCAAUCUCGAGCCAGUGAAGAGGUGAUGAGAGAGAGAGUGCAGGAAGUCAGGGAAAUGGUUCACGAAGAACAGAUCAGCAAGAAAGACAUUGCAGAGGAGCUAACACGACAAUACAAGACGAUGAGGUCUGAGAAGGACUCCCACAUUCUCUACCUCCAGACCGAGGUCAAGAGACUCCGAGAUAAGCUCGGUUUUACUGUGUGUCUCCACAUCACACAGAGGAGACAGAGAGUGAGUUGGUGGGGGUCCGUAGAGAGAGGGACAAGCUGAGGAGGCAGAAGGAAGAGGAAGUGUCUGCUCUCAAUGCUCGACUCCGGGCCAUAGAGAGGUCUUACGAUGCCAUCUUAGAGGAUGCACUGGACUCAUUGUGCUGCAAGAUGGAGGAGCUGAGGGAAAAGUGGGACUUUGAGUCUCGUGAAAUUGACCAAAGAACUCAACAGACACUCCUAGAGUUUGUGACACCAGGUUAGGCCUGGGCUCACUACUAUUAGGCGUCUUAUCUUUGUUUUGCUAUAAUCCUAACAUUAGCUAACCGAAACAACACGAUCAGC